UCACUAGUAAAUACGAGUUUAUCGUAUGUGUGGUAAUGAGAAAACCGGAAGAUGGAGUGACAAGCUGAAUAAAAAGUACGAUAUUUCAGUAUAAAUUUAUAUUCUCGUUGUUUGACGGAUGCUAAAUGAAAAUUCAACAUUUAUAGAUGUCCAGUGUGCACCUUAGAUCGUUUCACAUCAACGAAAAAGACAAUUUUCAACAUUCCAAAAUCACACGUGAUGUCCGCCGACGCUGGGGCAUCGGGCUCAACUAAUAAUGUAGUUGCUGCAACCAGCGGGGUGGUAGCGAAUGCUCCGCGGCUCGUCCCGGGGGCGUGCUCCCCGGCGAAUGCGGUAGCCAUCGCUCCACCACCCUCCGUCCCGACCACAUCAACUUGCACUGCUGCAGUGAAAAUCAGAGGCGCACCAAGCAAGUAUGUGAAAUUAAACGUUGGAGGAGCGUUGUUUUACACAACGAUUGAUACCUUGACGAAGCAGGAUAACAUGCUACGGGCAAUGUUUAGUGGCAGAAUGGAGGUUUUGACAGAUUCAGAAGGUUGGAUCCUGAUAGACCGAAGUGGGAAGCAUUUUGGUAUCAUACUCAACUAUCUACGAGAUGGUCACAUCCCAUUACCAGAAUCUGUACAGGAGGUAGAAGAACUUAUGGCAGAGGCCAAGUAUUAUCUUGUACAAAGCAUUGUUGAACAGUGUAAUAAGGUCCUCCUCAACAAGAAAGAUGAGUUCUACCCUGUCUGUCGUAUCCCUGUCAUAACAUCACAACGUGAGGCACAGAUGCUCAUUUCAAACUCUGCAAAGCCUGUGGUGAAAUUAGUUUACAACAGACAAAACAACAAAUAUUCAUACACAAGCAAUUCUGAUGACAACAUUCUGAAAAAUAUUGAGAUGUUUGACAAGCUUUCUGUUCGCUUCAAUGGCCGUGUGACAUUUGUAAAGGAUGUAUUUGUCAAUGAGGAAAUAUGUUGCUGGUCUUUCUUUGGGCAUUCCCGCAAGGUAGCAGAAAUCAGUUGUACAUCCAUAGUGUAUACCAGUGAGAAGAAACAAACCAAGGUUGAGUUUCCUGAAGCACGUAUCUUAGAAGAGACUCUCAAUGUGCUGCUCUAUGAGAGACACACAGAAAGCGAGAGUGACCCUGCUAUUUUACGCCAGAUAGGCUCUCUGGUAGCGGUUGGAACGUCAAGCUGUAGUGAUGAGGAUGAAGAUCAUCCAAGGGAUAUACGUCUACGUAAGACAUAGCAAUCAGCCGCAUGGGGCUGGAGAUUGGAAAGCUACCACGACCGACGCAAAUCAUUGUAACGGGAAUGAGUAGGAUGAGUGACGUCAUAUAAAGCAUCUAUGGGAGAGAUUUAAGAAAGCAAUGGUCUGUUCAGUUGGCCCACUGAUUUGCUGAUCUAUUUUAUCAUUUAUGCCUCUUGCUGACAUUGGAUUUUCAAAGCUUGUCAGGAUUGUUUGCAUGUGAUCAGAGUUUGACUCUUGAAGUCAAUGUAACAAACCAUAACAAUGGGUGAGGAUGUGAUUUAAUGGAUCAUUAGCAAACGUGGGUUGCUAUGUCAAAAGACCAUUUUUUCUGGGGGGAGCAUCAGAUUAAAUGUUAACUACAUGUAGAGAAAUAAAAACUCCCAAAGUGAGGUUUGAAUCAUGAAUUAUACAAAGUGCUGCAAACAAAGUUAGGUGUAUCAAUCAUCAAUUCAAGGCUAGCCAUAGUUUUUCAUAGUAUUAUUUGCAUGGAUUUAUCCUUAUUUCUUAUUACAUGUAGUUUCCUUUUCUAUUUUAUUAUUUUGCAUGUAUCACAUAUAUAUAUUUUUUUGUGAGUGAAAUUUGAAGAGGAUCUUUGUCCUUCACUUGUACAAAAUACUAAACAAUGAAACAAUACUAUGUGAGGAGUUCAGAUGUUUGUCUUAAUGAUAACUAGUUAUCUGAUUUAUUUUACAUCAAUGCAAUUAAAAAAAGGUUUUCAAGUAUUAAGCAUUAUAUCCUAACAGCAUUUGCAGAAUUAUUAUCGGUUUCUCACCAUAUAUAUGUAGUGAUCAAUAUUUACAAGGUGGGAACUGGUCUCUAAAAAGAAUUGUAAGGAAAAAAAGAAGAAAAUUUAACCACCCCUGGAUCAUCUGAACUAUUUUCAUGCACAAAUUAGUUUAUUAAGAAUAAAGAAGAUAUUUUGGAAAGUUGCAGUGAUCAUUUCAACUAACAUAAAUGGUAAUGAAUGAUGGUUACUUACACAUGUAUAUCUCUGCAAGAGAGGGAGAAAUAUGUAUAACUUAAUAAUAGAUCCAACAAAAUAAUGGUAUUCUUUUUCAAUCAUUGCCUUGCCCAUCAAUUCAAAGCUCUUUAUAGUAGAAGUAAGUCUGAAUUCUGACUCUAGCAAGCAUUUUAUAAACAUAUGUAAGAUAAAGGACUCAACAACUUAAUUUGCAGAUUGCAAUCUAUAUUUUUGUUUGAUGGCAGGUUUAAAUUUUUGUCUUUCUAACAUCAAAUUUGAACAUGCUCAAUGUUGCAUACCUCUUACAGCUAUUUUCAGUA